CAACAAGCGGCAACAUGGAUAAAACGGGAAACAUGAAAAUGAGUCAGAAAGAAUAUUUGCGGAAAUAUCUCAGUGAAAAAGAUGAUGGUGCAGCGAAAAGAAAAAAGAAGAAGAAAACAAAAGUUGGCUCUAAAACGAUAUCGUCUACGAACUGUUCGGAUGGCGGGACGAUUGUAUACCCAAUGCGAGCGAAAAUAUUUAACAUCGCAUUCAUUGGAAUAACUUUUUGAAAACAAUCAUAACUUGCAAACACUUUUGUCUAAUUUUUCAUGCCAGUAGUUAAUAAUCCAGAGUCAAAAUUAUUGACGAUGAUGUUGACAUCCGAAAUAUGAGGCCUAUCGAGCAAGGCGAAUUUAGCAUUCUCAAUAACACAGAAGAUGCGCCACAGAUCGUCGGAGUCAUAGAUGAGAGAGGACCCGUCGAUUUUGCGGAUAAGAGAAGAUGGAGAAUCAUAGCGGAUGAUGGGGAAGGGAACGUUGCUUGUGAUUCCAAUGAGAAUUAUGGAUCCAUGGACGGGGCGUCGAGGGUAGAAACCUGGAAAAACAGUAGCGAAAAUGGUAAAAGCAGUAAAUUUAGAGAUUCGAGUCCCUCCAGGAAUGCUUCUUUGGACAGCGAUUUAUCUCCACUUUGGGGGAACGAGAAGAAAAUGACUAACAUGAAGCAUUCGGGCAAGCGUGACGGAUCGACAAAAAGAAAAAAAAGAAGAGAAUCAAGCAGCGAUUCGAGCCAGUCAAAUUCGUCCGAUUUUAAUGAUCGAAGAAAAUCAAAAUCAAAGAAAAUGUCUUCCAAAGAUAAACACGAUGCGAGCCCAAUUCGUAGAUCGAAACGCGAAAGCUCCGAAUCGGAUCAGAGCCCACCGAGGAAGAGGGAAAAUGAGCGAACCAUUGAUAACAAGGAAUACAGCGGCAAAGAAAGACGUCGUGGAAAUUCUGACUCGGACCAAAGUCCUCCCAGGAAAAGGAAGAAUCGCGAUAAGGGUGAGCAUAGGGGAAGAAGAAAAAAUCGUGGAAAUUCAGAUUCUGACCAGAGUCCACCUAGAAGAAGAAAAAACCACGGUGAGGAAGAAUAUAGGGGGAAAACGAAAAAUCGUAAGAAUUCCGAUUCGGACCAGAGUCCACCCAGAAAAAGAAAAAAUCACGAUGAAGAGGAGUAUAGGAGGAAAGAGAAAAAUCUUAGAAAUUCCGAUUCAGAUCAGAGUCCACCCAGAAGAAGGAAAAAUCACGAUGAAGAAGAGUCUAAGAGAAAAGAGAAAAAUCGUAGAAAUUCUGAUUCAGAUCAGAGUCCGCCCAGAAGAAGGAAAAACCAUGAUGAAAAAGAGUACAGGAGAAAAGAGAAAAAUCGCAGAAAUUCUGAUUCUGAUCAGAGUCCGCCCAGAAGAAGGAAAAACCAUGACCAAGACGCUGACAAAGAGGAAUACAGCAGAAAAAAGGAAACUCGUAGGACUUUCGUUUCGGAUUCGAGCCCACCGAGACGAUCGAAAACAGAAAUUUCAUCGAAAAAUCAUAGUAAAAAAUCGAAGGACUCCGAUUCCGAUUUGAGCCCACCGAGAGCUCCGAAAAACACUCGUAUCGAGGAGUCGAGAAGCAACCGAGACGAAAGAACUGAUACUAGAAACGACGCUCGAAAUCGUCGACUCGACGAAAGACCUUCGAGGAAAUCAAGAUCGCGAUGGAAUGAUGAUGAUGAUGAUUCGAGGGCACCUAGGGGUAUGGAACCUCAAAGAAAAAACAGUGGAGUUGGUGGUGAAGCAAAAAUGAAGAAAACACUGGAUGGCAAAACGGCAGGACUUCAGGACGCCCGUGCCCUCAGGAUCGAAACCGAAGCACACAAAAAACGCGAGGCUGCCGUGUUCAAAGGGAUGAGCGCAGAAGUGAGCGGUGUCGGACAAGCAGCAGUUUUCCGUGAUCGGAAAACUGGUCGGAGACGAGAUUUCGCCGCUGAAGCAGCCGAAACCCGGGAAAAGGAGAAACGCCAGGCGGAAAUUGACGAGAAAUAUGCCAAGUGGGGCAGAGGGCUGAAGCAAGUCGACGAUCAAGCGGAAAAGCGCGAGCGAGAUAUGUACGAGAUGAGUAAACCUUUGGCGAGAUACGCCAACGAUGCUGACUUGGAUAAAGCUCUUCGAGAGGUCGAGCGAGAGGGUGAUCCGAUGGCGGAAGAGAUUAGGAAGAGACGAAUUAAGGAAGGAAAGAGUGAGCCAGCGCCAGCCGUUUACCAAGGUUCUUACGCACCAAAUCGUUUCGGCAUACGUCCGGGCUAUCGUUGGGACGGCGUUGAUCGAAGCAACGGUUACGAGAAGAAGUGGUUCGAAGCAAGGAACGCUCGUACAGCCCUUCGAGAGGAAGCCUACAAGUGGAGUACAGCGGACAUGUGAAUUUUUAUCUUUGUACAUACCAUUUGAUUUUCUCACCAUUUUUUUCGAUUUCCAAUCUUGUACAAAUUUGUUUCCAUCAAUUAGAGAGAAAAGGUAGAUCGAAAUAAAAUUAUAAGAAUUUAAUGAAA